CAUUAGCUAAAGGUACCAAUAUGGCGGAGGCUUCCCUAGGGAGUUCAAGUCCAGUUGGCUCUUUAUCAUCAGAGGACCAUGACUUUGAUCCAACAGCAGAAAUGUUAGUUCAUGAGUAUGAUGAUGAGAGGACUCUGGAGGAGGAAGAGUCUCUGGAAGGCGGAACAAAUUUCAGAUCUGAAAUUGCAGAUCUGGAAAAGGAAGGGAACAUGCCUUUAGAGGAACUAUUGGCCAUUUAUCGCUAUGAGGCCUCAGCAGGCUCCAGUAUAGACAGCUCCUCUGGAGACCUGACUGAUGAGCUCCCCGACAUGACUUUGGAUAAGGAGGAAAUAGCUAAAGACCUUCUGUCUGGAGAUUAUGAGGAGGAGACCCAGUCCUCAGCUGAUGAUCUGACUCCUUCAGUUACCUCCCAUGAGGCCACUGAUUUCUUCCCAAGAACACUUAGAUCAAACGCUAUUUCUGACGGUGAUAAAGAGUCAGAGUGUGAUGAAGAUGGCCCAUGCCCAGAGGACUCGAGAAAGGAAAUAAUGGUGGGAUUGGAAUACCAAGCAGAAGUUCCUUCUUGCCUCUGUCACUACAAAGAUGAGGAGAAAGCAUAUGAAGAUGAAGAUGAGUUACUGUGGAGUCCAGGUGUAUUAUCAGAAAACAAGGUUAGAAGUUUCCUGUGUGAAGUAUUGUCACGGACGACAGAUGAAAAGACGGGGUGUGACAAACCAGGAAUGCAUGUGCGAGACAAUGAGCAGGCUUUACGUGAGCUUGUAAAAUGCAACUACAACACCCGCGAAGCACUAGAAAGAUAUUGCAACCAUGUACAGUCCUCAAAAGGAAAAUCACCUCCAUGGUCUGAAGAGGAAUGCAAGAACUUUGAACAUGCUCUUCAGAUGUAUGACAAGAACUUUCACCUCAUUCAGAAACACAAAGUCACAACAAGAACAGUAGCAGAAUGUGUGGCAUUUUAUUACAUGUGGAAAAAGUCAGAGCGCUUUGACUUCUUUGUGCAGCAGAAUCGGUUCGGGAAGAAAAAGUUCAGCAACUAUCCUGGAGUAACUGACCUGAUGGACAGGCUGGUGGAUGAAGCGGAGGGGUUAGCUGUGGACAGUUCCUCCUCCGUGUGUUCAGGUGCUGGUGGUGGUGGAAGGCUGGAAACAACCACAGAACAGCAGCUUAGCCUGCUCAACUCCAUCACUGCCAGCGACCUCACGGCUUUGAGCAACACUGUAGCCACAGUAUGCAGUCCUGCAGAGGUUAGCUGCCUGGACUCCUACAGCUUUCCUCCACUGGACAGUCUCCAUCGAGGUUCCCUGAACCACGAGGAAUCCCUUGGGUUCCCUGCAAAUGGUGCAGAACCUGACUGCCUCAAUAUGCUUGAGGCUGGCUUCUACCACUCAGAUCUGGGCCAGCUGGGAGGCGUGUGCGUCAACAAGGACUGUGAGCGGCCCUCCAAGAGACUCAAGAUGGCGCUGCCUGACUCCUUUAUCAAUGACGUAUCCGUGGGUAACCUCGGAGUGGACUUUGAUGCACGACGGACGACGACGCAUCACCACCGAAUCACCGGCGCCAAAAUGGCAGUAUCUGUCACAGACUUUGGGAGCUUGGCUGGGAGCGGUGAGCCCAACGGGUUUCUGGGAGCACAUGCACGGCACCACACACAGCACACUGCAGCACUUCAGUCAGAGUGAUCUUCCUCAUCUUCUUCCCUGUUCUUCCCUUUUAAGAUCCCUUUUUUUCCUGCUUGUACAUAAGACUGACCUCACUGGAAAAUUCAAUUUGUUUAAAUUCUAUUAUAUAUAUAUAUAUAUAUCUAUAUAUAUGUAUAUGACUAUACUUUGUUUUCAUUUUUUGUGUAAUAUGACAUCAGUGAUGUCUAUCAUAUAGAACUAAAAUCUUGAUUUCUCUCAAGAGUUUAUAUAGCCAUUUAUUUUAUUUUUGUUUUGCGGUCUUGAGAUGUGUAACGUCCAUGUACAGCAGGGCCCAGGGGCUGCAGUAGGAGAGAUGUGUCUCUUCCUCCUUCACAUCUACACCCACCAUCUUCAGAGCUUCAGUACCUUAUCCUGCCAUCCUUCUAGCUGCCAAAAACUUAGUUUCCCCAGCUCUGGUGUUAGCAUUUAGUUGCCUGUAUUUGUUGUUUAAGGUGGUACUAUUUUUUAUUUUAUUUUUUUUAUUUU